UAAUCCAUUCAUGCAAGCAGAGAUUGUUCGGAAGGAUGAGCUCUUGAACCCAGGGAUUCUCAUCAAUUAAGCACCUUGGAGUAGGGGGUAUAACACCUCCGAGAUCUCAUGCAAAAAAACCCUCGUCCCAAUUUUCGCUCAAAAACACCCUACUUCCUCCUACCGCCUCCCCUCGUCCCGGACAGGCGGGAACACAAAGCCCGCACUCCCUAUAGGACUCCACCCCUCCUCCCCAUUCUCAAUCCUCUCAUCAGCCCUGAUAAGGCUUACGAUGCUCGCCGUGUGUCUGUGACUCCGGCCUCCACCUGAGAAUGUCCAUUGGGUUGUGUGUACUCGCCGGAAUGUCUAGGUUCGUCAAGUUGCUUCCCAACAUUGGGUGAACGGAACGUGAUCCCAUCCUC